AUGGCUCAACACAAGAUCCACGUGGCCGUGCUAGACGCCGACAUUCCCUGCCUCUCAGUAUACAAAGCACGAGGUUUAUACAGCUCGCAAUUCCGCGUCCUGCUACAAGCAGCCGCCCAGCGCCUGAACGAAAUACCAGAAACCCUCAAAAAGGGACCUCUCGCCGUCCACGUAACAGCCUUUGAUGCCGUAGGGGGGUCCCUACCUCCUCUAGAGACCCUACGGACCAACCCCCAGUCCCCAGCCGAGCCUCACGCCGGCGGACCAUUGAGUCCAAUAGAUGCAAUCCUGAUCACGGGCUCAGUAUCGUCAGCCUAUGAAGACGAACCCUGGAUCUAUGAAAUGCAAUCCUACAUCCAAACAGUGCACACCCACUACCCAAACAUAAAGCUCUUCGGCUCCUGUUUCGGGCACCAGAUAAUCGCCCAAUCCCUCCUCAGCACCAAAGCAAACCCCAACAGCCCACUGUCAUCAACAUUCCACGUCGCGCAGUCCCCCGCCGGCUUUGAAAUGGGCAUCCAACCCAUCACCCUCCAGCCCUCCUUCACUGCGUGCUUCCCGCCUCUUGCGCGCGCUACAGCUCAGAACUCAUUCCGCAUCCAGCUCAUCCACGGCGACGCAGUUGUACCGACCCCCGAGACCGAAGCUGCCGCGGAUCAGGCGGGAAUCUCGCUGCCGGCCCCGUGGUCUAGUAUUGGGAGUAGUGCACAGUGUGCUAUCCAGGGUCUUUAUAACCCCGGUCGGGUCCUGACGUACCAGGGUCACUUUGAAUUUGAUACCUUUGUCAAUGGGGAGCUAGUGCAGGAAAUUGGGCGUCGUGCGGGUUGGUCGGCGGCUGUUGUGGCAGAGUAUCUGGAGCAGAUUUAUCGUUCGCACAUUCCUGGGUUGGAGGAUGACGAUGAUGCUAAGGCUGCUGCUGAGGCCGUUCUGUUGUUCUUUGCUGGGGAGGAAGGUGAUUUGAUGGAGUGUGGCGGUGGUACUGGUAUUAUGACUCCUCCGCUGGAUUGA